UCAUCAUCAUGUGAGGUGGUGGGAGGUUGAAAACAAGCACAAAUUGUACUUCCAAAUCGACACGAUCCAGCUCAGCUCCGUAAAUAUUGCAGAUUUUCGCCUGUUUUUGUUAGCCAUUCGUUGUCAAGUUCGUUUGGAAGAACCCCUCUAGGAUAUUCGACAAAUCUGCUGAUAUUAAAAGCAACUUGUUACAGAAACAAUGACGUCACAGAACCCAACAACGUCAGGUUGGGUACGGGAAAGUAACCUCUCGUGGUACCACCGAUGGGUUGUAAAGGUGCUGAAAGCUGGCCCGGUACCAAACCAUGUCGCCUUCAUCAUGGAUGGAAAUCGGCGAUUCGCCCAGAAGGAAAAAAUUGCCAAAGCCGAGGGACACUCGAAGGGAUUUGAUAAACUGUCGGAAACGCUGCAAUGGUGCCAAGAUAUAGGCAUCCGCGAGGUCACGGUCUAUGCUUUCAGUAUAGAGAAUUUCAAGAGGACCAAAGAAGAGGUUGAUACACUGAUGUCGCUGGCCAGGGAAAAAUUUAAAAAAUUACUCGAAGAACGAGACAAACUCCAUGAGCGGGGAAUCUGUAUAAGAAUUAUUGGAAACACAAACAUGCUUCCGUUGGAUAUCCAACACUUAUUGGCAGAAGCUGUGCUGCUAACGAAAAACAACACCAAUGCAUUCCUCAACGUAGCAUUUGCCUACACCUCCCGAGAUGAAAUGGCCCAUUCGAUUCGAACGGUCGCCGAAGGUGUGGCUGAAGGAAAAUUGCAUCACGAUGAUAUCGACGAGCACCUGCUAUCCAGAUGCAUGUACACCAAACAUUGCUCCGAACCGGAUCUGUUGGUGCGUACGUCGGGUGAAGUGCGACUCAGUGAUUUCCUGUUGUGGCAAUCCGGCUCGGCCGUUAUCUACUUUACCGAAACCCUUUGGCCAGAGUUUAAUGUUUGGCACCUAUUUGGGGCAGUUUUUUACUACCAAAGGUGUCACUGGCGGAUGACCUCGAUCCAGGACUCGCUCACGGGUGACGGGAAAGAAACGGAUGCGGAAUCAACGAUGAUCAGUGGCGAUAGCUUGCAUCAACCGGAACAGAUGAAGGAAAAGGCAGAAAGGGUGAAGAGCUUUUUGGAUGAAGUUGAGAGAAAAGAUCACGAGAAAUUAGUUAAGCUUACCAGUGCAAUUAGCUUGGAUUAAUAAACAAAAAGGUGUAAUCGUUGAAAACAUGUAUGUUUGGUUGUUUGGCUUAAAAUGAUUUCUAUAGAGAAUUAAUUGUGAUUGUGACUCAUAAAAUGUGGAGCGACUUCGGUAGCUCCAGUAGUUAUUUUACAUUUUUCUAAAACAAUCAAUAUCAUUAAGGUAACUGAAUUCAUCUCACAUGAUUUAAUAUCUUUUGUUAAAUGUAGUCGUUAUAUUCUUUGUUAUUGUAAACUCUGAUUCAU